GCCGAGAUUCGGCGGAACAAUCCCACAAGAGGGGGUCACUGACCUGGGAGAUGUGAAGUUGGAGUUCUGUUACUACACCAAGAUCCCUUAUUGCGGCAACCCUGGUGUUCCCGAACAUGGCCAGGUUGAGGGAGAAGAGUUUAACGAGGGCAGCACUCUGACCUUCUCCUGUGACGAGGGUUACAAACUGGAGGGUUACGAUCGGAUCACGUGUUUGAGUCAAGAACUGUGGAAUGCUGAGCUGCCCUCUUGUCGAGCACUAACCGAGCAACCACCAACUCGGUUACAUAUCCGGGGCCCCAGUCUCCAGUCUGCAGUAGUGGGGGGAGCCUCCUCCAUAACUUGCUCUAUUGCUGCACCCUCUGCAGACGACACAUUCCAAAUGUUAAUUGAUGGUGAUGAUAUCGGUGAUUCACCAUCAUACUGGCAAGAGGCCGACUUCACAAGAUCCUCCUACCGAUUAGAGAAUGGAACAGUAAAAACGUCCAUAACUGUCUUAAUCUAUGAAUUCACAGAAGCCCAUAACAACACAUAUAUACGAUGCUUCUCUUCGAGAUUCAGAGAACAAAUUUCCAUGACUCUCUUGCUAAGACCUGACAGUUCAAGUUUGUGUGGCCCUGGUCAAUUUAGAUGUCCCGAGCGCUGUAUUGCCUCCCACUGGAGAUGUGACGGAGAGGAAGAUUGUCUGAAUGGUGUAGAUGAGUUAGGCUGCAACGGUCCAACGACACCGACAACACCGACACCAACACCGACACCCGAACGAAGUGAGUGGACUACAGCAGUACCGGAGUGUAUCGAGGACGAGUUCCGGUGUCCAGACAGGUGUAUCUACAGAAGCUGGGUUUGUGACGGCAAAGAUGAUUGUAGUGAUGGGUCCGAUGAAGUAGAAUGUCCAGUGGAACAAACGACUGAACCAACAAUACCGCCCAAAGAUGAGACUACAGGUACAACGGAGGGUCAACAAAUGACAACAGCAGAAAUCAUGAUCACAUCACCAGAAUCCACUUCCGCGUCACCGUCUGUAACAACAGAGACAAUAGUGGAGCCCACGGAACAAAUCAUCUUGUUCCAACUGGUCAGACAGUAUGGUGACGUUUCACCCGGAGAACUUGGGCUCUUGCUCUACAAGGGGGGAACAGUGUGUGACGACCAUUUUGAUGACGGCACAGCCGAUACUAUUUGCAGAACAAUGGGAUAUGCUAGUUCAUCAGGAUGGCGGUCUGAGGUAGAGGUAGGCUACCGAUCACGAUACGAUAUCACACUGGAUGAUGUGAGAUGUGAAGAUAGAAGCUGGGAGAGUUGCAGCUACACAACUUCUCACAACUGUGGGCACAUUGAAGACGUCUUCCUUAGUUGCAUUAAUGAUGAUUCAACGACACCAAAACCGAAACCGAAACCGACAUUGACACCAACACCAACACCGACAACACUGACACUCGAACAAAGGGUGACAGCAGUACCGGAGUGUAUCGAGGACGAGUUCCGGUGUCCAGACAGGUGUAUCUACAGGAGCUGGGUUUGUGACGGCAAAGAUGAUUGUAGUGAUGGGUCUGAUGAAGUAGAAUGUCCAGCAGAACAAACGACUGAACCAACAACACCGCCCAAAGAUGAAACUACAGGUACAACGGAAGGUCAACUAAUGACAACAGAUGCAGAAAACAUGACCACAUCAGAAGAAUCCACUUCCGCGUCACCAUCUGUAACAACAGAGACAAUAGUGGAGCCCACGGAACAAAUCAUCUUGUUCCAACUGGUCAGACAGUAUGGUGACGUUUCACCCGGAGAACUUGGGCUGUUGCUCUACAAGGGGGGAACCGUCUGUGACAACGAAUUUGAUGACAUCACAGCCGAUGCUAUUUGCAGAACAAUGGGCUAUGCUAGUUCAUCAGAAUGGCAGUCUGGUGGAGAGGUAGGCUACCGAUCGCGAUACGAUAUCACACUGGAUGAUGUGAGAUGUGAAGAUAGAAGCUGGGAGAGUUGCAGCUACACAACUUCUCACAACUGUGGGCACUCUGAAGACGUCUUCCUUAGUUGCAUUAAUGAUGGCUGUUAUACAAGCUACGAGCAGAAUGUUGGUAUGUUUCCGGACUCCCAGAAAUUAAAACAGAGACGGUUCAUGAGUUUUGAGAGUUGUCAGGAAUGGUGUGAUGAUACUCCACGCUGUCAAGGAGUAGCCGUGAGUCCCGAGAAUUGGGCUGACCGAGAGUGCUUUCUGGUGGGCACUACGCAAAUAACAGCAAGGCGUGGAUGGACUGCAAGUUCCCUAACUGAUUGUGACCAGGAUAGGGAGGAGGAGGAGGAGCAGGAAGAGGAGCAGGAAGAGUUCAGUCAGAUGAGUCAGGACGGGAACCAAGUGUCAGGGGGGCAAGAAGGACUGCUACUUUACAAUGGAGGAACUGUAUGUGACGAUAACUUUGAUAUUAAUGCAGCCCACGCAGUUUGCCGAAAACUGGGGUAUCCGGAAGCAAUGACCUUCAGAAGUGGGCAGGUUCACAGAUUCGCAGAAACCCUAAACAUAACACUAGAUGAUGUGGCGUGCAGAAACCGAGACUGGGAGGAGUGCACUUAUUCCACAUCUCACAACUGUGGACAUUCUGAAGAUGUAUUCCUUACUUGUGCUGCCGCCCAAGGUAAUGCGACAGUAGAAAUUUUCACGCUGAUCAACGAAUCUGGGGAUGAGGUUGGGGCUGGAGAGAGAGGUUUACUGCUUUACAACAGAGGCACAGUUUGUGAUGAUGCCUUUGAUGACAACGCUGCAGGAGCGAUCUGUAAAGCAAUGGGAUAUGAAAGUGGAGCUAGUUGGAGCAACAGCAAUGACUUUGACAUACAGAGCGACUUUGAAAUCAAAAUGGAUGAAGUACAGUGUGUGAGUGACGAUUGGGCAUCUUGUGAAUUCCAAACCAGCCACGAUUGUUCACAUAGUGAGGAUGUAUUCCUCCUGUGUCGCGGAGAAGAAGCUGCAGCCGAAGGAUUUAGAAUAGUGAACGGAGAUGGCAAUGACGUUGGGGAUGGAGAGAUAGGUUUACUCUUAUACAAUGGAGGAACUGUAUGUGACGAUGGAUUUGGCACAAAUGCUGCAAUUGCUAUUUGCCGAGAAUUGGGGUAUCCAGGAUCCCCAUCGAACUAUACUAGUGGAAACAGGGACGACCGGAACGGGUAUGAUAUCACACUGGAUGAUGUGGACUGCUAUUCUACGAGCUGGUCCACCUGUACCUUCUCAGAAACACAUAACUGUGGACAUUCUGAGGAUGUUUUCCUGACGUGUAAUCGUCCAGUACCAGAGGUAACACACCCAGGACCUGACCCAACACAUUCCACAACACCCGUUGAACCAGAUUAUACACGAUCAGGUGAACCAGAUAUUGACUCCUGCUUCAUGAGCAACAGAAGGAGUAGUGGCUCAGUGAUACAAGAAGUAACAUAUACUGGGAGGGAGGAUUGUGUGGAGCUGUGUUUAUCUGAGAGCAGAUGCGAGGGUAUUGCGAUCAGUCCACUCAGUUGGGGGGUGACAGGGUGUUACAUUAUUGGAGAACACACAACUUUUGCAGACUCAGAAUGGCAAUAUGCCGACAGAUCUUGCUUCGAAAGUGAACCUGGUCCCGUCACAGAGGUCCCGGAACCUGACAUAGAGGAACCUGGGUGGAAUAGGUUUAGACUGGUUGAUGAAGAUGGUAAUGCCAUGAGGUUUGGUCCGGGUCUACUGACCUAUAAUGGGGGUACCGUAUGUGAUGAUGGUUUUAGUGACAAUAUUGCUGAUGUUAUCUGCAAGGAAAUGAAUUAUGCCAGAUCAACAGGCUGGGAAAAUGGACCGAUGUUUGAAAUGCAGGAAGAGUUAGAUAUAAACCUUGAUGAUAUCGACUGUCAAGAUCAGAGCUGGUCAAAUUGUACAUAUACGGAAGUGCACAACUGUGGUCAUUCUGAAGAUGUCCACCUGACAUGUUUUCGCGGAGAGACUUGGGAAACUCAACAAAAAGAUGUUUGGUUUCCACACUCCUGGGAGGAUACACCUUUUCAAGUGAAGACAACCUCCUCGAUAGGAAGUGAUGAUGAAAUCUUUUUUGAAGUUGGGCAAAUUAGAGGCAGCGAUUUUGCAAGAAUUGUAGUGCGAUUAAGUAAUACUCCUAUCUUCUACAUUGCCGAGUGCCAAAAUGACGCACCGCUGCAAGAUCUACCCGACGCCAAAAAUGACGUGAGGAUUUGGACAUUCAUUAAGCAGGGAUUGGAAAGUAUUUCAAUCAAGUGUAACGGAGUAUUGGUGGCAGAAAUGAAUUUUGAUGAAUCUGAUGAAGAAGAUUGUUUGUCCUCAGAGUGGGUGACUAGUACAGUAGAAUUCAUCAAGUUUAAUCCUGAUUGGGAUAAAACAGUGGGUUUUAGAGUUGGUGAUACAGACUCUGCUGAAGCUCUCUUCAAUUUGGUAGACGCAAGUGGAGAGAAUGCUCGGGAUGGAGGUAGAUCUGGAUUACUUAUCUACAACGAUGGCACGGUCUGUGAUGACAACUUUGAUCAAAAUGCUGCUGAUGCAAUUUGCUCUCUGUUGGGUUACCAAGCCAAUGGAUCCUCAUAUGAGUCUGGUUCCAGAUAUCCGCUUCAGGAAGAGUACAGUAUAGCAUUAGAUGAUGUGUCCUGCAGGAACAACACUUGGUCCAGCUGUACUUACUCAAGUUUACACAACUGUGGUCACAGUGAAGACGUUUUUCUUACAUGCAUAAGUGACGGCCAAUCUGAAGAAGAACACUCUGGAAGGAAUGCAAGUCUAUUUGAGCUUGUUGAUUCUAAUGGACAGCAGACCAGAGAAGAUGGCCUUCAUCUUAUCCUACACCACGGUGGCACUAUCUGUGAUGAUAGAUUCGAUAAUAACACUGCUGCAGCAAUAUGCAGAGAGAUGAACUUUACAGGGUCCCGAGAAUGGAGUUCAGGUUCAAUAUGGGAUAUACAAAGCAGCUAUAAUAUAACACUUGACGAAGUAGCGUGCCCUACUGAAGAAUGGGACAGCUGCUCUUUCAUGACCAGUCACGACUGUUCUCACUCCGAGGAUGUCUUCCUUUCUUGUGAAUCAGGUGAUGGAUCGGAUGAGGCUACAGAUCUAUAUAAUGUCACCAUACAAUUUGAGAUCAUAGACAUGGACAGCAACUUAAGUGGAGCCACCUCUGGCCUGCUCCUAGCCUCUAUCACAAUGCCGAGUGGUGAAUUUGUGUAUGGUACUGUUUGUGAUGAUAGCUUCAACCAGAAUUCCAUCGCUGCUGUAUGUAGACAACUUGGAUUUAAAGAUGAAGAUAUUUUCGCUACUUUAAAUCCACAAGGUCUUCCAUCAACAAGUGAAUUGGGCUAUGACAUUGUCUUGGACGACUUUGCCUGUAAUUUAAACGACACUGAUGAUAUUACAAGUGGCUGCACAUAUUCCUUGGAACAUAACUGCGAUCACUCUGAGGAUAUUUUCAUAAGGUGUGGCCCUGAUGCAGAUUUGAUAAGCAACAUAACCGAUCUGUUCAAACUGACCCAACGUGAUCCAAGAGGAUUGCACGUAGUGGAAAAGAUUGAACCUGAAAUGGAGACUUACGGAGGUGUCUGUGACGAUGGAUUUACAGAUGUAACAGCAGGAAUAUUGUGCUCUCACUUUGGGUGGGAGACAGGGAGGAAGGGACCUUCUCAGCUUCUUCGAAAUGGAACCAACUUCGUAUCAACCAGACUAAACUGUGAUGCAAGAACAAGACAAUGUCGAGAUAGGGCCUACCUCAACAACAACAACAGCAAUUCCUCUGUGUUGCUGUGUGCUCCUCACGAGUUGGCCUCUGUCUACUGUUUUAAUGACACGAUGGAUUACGAAGUAGAUAUGUUACGUGCAACAGUCAACCCAGCCAAACAAUUCUCAAUGACCAUUAUGAUGAGUUAUUACAAAGAAGGAGAGCUGUUUUAUCUGCACAAUGAUGUAGACAGAAGUGCGGUAGCAGUAAGACAAUGCGGUGAUACACUAGCUCGAGUUACAGUUAGUGGAACAACUGGUCAAUACACAAUUGCAGGACGUCUCUUAGCCCGAAUAAUUUGUAUUGAGCAAUGUGUGGAUAUUACGGUUCAUGGAAGAAUUGUAUAUCGCCACUGCUUUUAAACGAAUAUUCAAUUAUUGAAAUGAUCUUAAGAUUAAAUAUUUUGGUUUUUUGAGAAAAGACAAUUUUUUAAAGAAAACACAAUUUUAUUAUUAAUCACCAAUUCAUUACACAAUCAAUCCAUAAAUAUAUAUCCGAAUAAUUUUUUUAAAUUUCACAAAA